UCGUCAUUUAGUGCGACCAUAGACUAGAUUCUGCACUUUUAGCAGCUACCCUAAGUGACACUAGUCUAGUGAGUAGUGAGUGUAGCUAGAUCUCUCUAGAUCUUAGAUUCUUAGUUAAGUACUACUACUGCUACUAGACUCGAGUACUCAAAGUACUGACAGUACUGUCUAUUCUAGUAGUUAGUUAGGCCUAAAAAAAAUUAACCAGACUAAUGAGUUCAAAACAAGAUCAAGAUUACUUUGUGCCCUCUGAGGUUGCAAGACUAAUAUUAGGUUACUUAAAAGAAAAGAAUUUGCACAAAACUCUCCAGACCUUCCUACUGGAGUGCCCAGAUCUAGUGGAGUACUGGCAGCUGCUCAAGACGGGGAAAACUCCUGCCACCACUAUCUUGGGAUUUGGGCUCUCUCAAAUUUUAAAUGAAUUUGCAAGACACAAGUUGGCUGCUAUAACCUCAGGUUCCAUAGACUGGCAGCCAAGCCGUGAAGAAGAGAGCUGGGUGAAUAGAAGAACUCAACUUGAUAUAACUGACGUUCACCAUUGCAUUCAGGCUGAAAAACAACAGCUCAACAAAAAGGACAGACAAAAAACAGCUGACAAGAGGAGAUACAGUAGCAAGAGAAGGAACCAGCCUGAAAAAGUUUCAAUUGAAAACAGCAAAAUAUUUUCUUCAGUAAAACCAUUAAUUACUGACACAUCAGCAAUAGAACCACUAAUUACUGACACAUCAGCAGUAGAACCACUAAUUACUGACACAUCACCAAUAGAACCACUAAUUACUGACACAUCCGCAACAGUCCCCUGUAAUGAUAAAUGUGGUGUAUCAUGGAGAAAUCUUGACCACUCCAAACCAAUCUGCCAAAACAAAGGGACCAACAGUGUCCAGGAUUCUGGUGAGUUUGAAUUUUUAGAAAAACUUUUAGAGGAAACACACCUUCAUGAAAAACUGGCAGAAAAUAUCAAUCAAGUGUUGUUGAAGAAACCAUUGACCAUAGGAAAUCAAGUGCUGCCUCCUUCACAAAAGCCUGUAACUGCUACAGACAUGGAUUCUAUAAUUGAAAAGACAGAAUCUGACCCUGCUUUUCAGAAUUUUCUCAAACUUUUUCAACAUGCUUCUGCCAUCCCUCUCUCCCAUUUGGAUGUCCCAGUUGUUGAUCUCCCCUCUGACCAAAUGGGCCACCCUCAGCUCAGUCUAACCAGUCUAACCAGGCUAGGAGAAGACAGUUGUCCAGUCAAUAACCACCAGCACAAAUGUCAAAGCUUUAAUGCAACAGAAACCAUAGCAACAGUUAACACUGGUCUAUCUCAGACAAAUGAUUUGGCUCUAACUUUUGAUGGUCCUCACUUUGAUGGUCCUCACCUAACUCCUACAGGACCAGGUCCUACAGCUCUUACUUCUACAGGACCAGGUCCUACAGCCCUUACUUCUACAGGACCAGGUCCUACAGAACCAGGUCCUACAGGACCAGCACCUACAGGACCAGCAGCUACAGAACUAUGUCCUACAGGACCAGCAGCUACAGGACCAGGUCCUACAGGACCAGCACCUACAGGACCAGCACCUACAGAACUAUGUCCUACAGGACCAGCAGCUACAGGACCAGCACCUACAGAACUAUGUCCUACAGGACCAGCAGCUACAGGACCAGGUCCUACAGGACCAGCACCUACAGGACCAGCACCUACAGAACUAUGUCCUACAGGACCAGCAGCUACAGGACCAGGUCCUACAGCCCUUACUUCUACAGGACCAGGUCCUACAGGACCAGCACCUACAGGACCAGGUCCUACAGGACCAGCACCUACAGGACCAGCAGCUACAGGACCAGGUCCUACAGGACCAGCACCUACAGGACCAGCAGCUACAGGACCAGCACCUACAGGACCAGCAGCUACAGGACCAGCACCUACAGGACCAGGUCGUACAGGACCAGGUCCUACAGGACCAGCACCUACAGGACCAGCACCUACAGGACCAGCACCUACAGGACCAGCAGCUACAGGACCAGCACCUACAGGACCAGCACCUACAGGACCAGGUCCUACAGGACCAGGUCCUACAGGACCAGCAGCUACAGGACCAGGUCCUACAGGACCAGCACCUACAGGACCAGGUCCUACAGGACCAGCACCUACAGGACCAGCACCUACAGGACCAGGUCCUACAGGACCAGGUCCUACAGGACCAGCAGCUACAGGACCAGCACCUACAGGACCAGGUCCUACAGGACCAGCACCUACAGGACCAGGUCCUACAGCCCUUACUUCUACAGAACCAGCACCUACAGGACCAGCAGCUACAGGACCAGCACCUACAGGACCAGGUCGUACAGGACCAGGUCCUACGGGACCAGCACCUACAGGACCAGCACCUACAGGACCAGCAGCUACAGGACCAGGUCCUACAGGACCAGCACCUACAGGACCAGGUCCUACAGGACCAGGUCCUACAGGACCAGCAGCUACAGGACCAGGUCCUACAGGACCAGCACCUACAGGACCAGCACCUACAGGACCAGCACCUACAGGACCAGGUCCUACAGGACCAGGUCCUACAGGACCAGCAGCUACAGGACCAGCACCUACAGGACCAGCACCUACAGGACCAGCACCUACAGGACCAGCACCUACAGGACCAGGUCCUACAGGACCAGCACCUACAGGACCAGCACCUACAGGACCAGCACCUACAGGACCAGGUCCUACAGGACCAGGUCCUACAGGACCAGCAGCUACAGGACCAGCACCUACAGGACCAGGUCCUACAGGACCAGGUCCUACAGGACCAGGUCCUACAACCCACCCAUCUUCAAACCUAGCCACAUUGAGUCAACACAGACCAAAUAUAAAACAGGAGAUUCUGGAAGCCUCACAAACAUGUUCUCAGCUCUUGGAGACCCAAGUAGAAAAUCUCCAGAUCAGCUUGGUUGAUGGGAGUGGAAUUUCCCAUCCAAAUACAGUAAGCUUCUUAGAAUCUCAAACUUGGAAAAAUCUGGCCACCAUAGACAAAUGUUUAACAGACUGUUUAUCAAAGUUAGGAUCUCAGCAAACAAAGCCGCCAUUUCAAAUGUUUGAACCAAGAGAAAAGCAACAUAAUACUGGGAAAAAUUUGGACCUAGCCAGUCCUGAAUUAAAGGAGAGUCAGAAAUUGAAUAAGCAAAAAGAAAAAGAUGAUGAUUGUUAUCUUGUAGUGGAUGAACUUUCUCAAGAGAGCUUUAUUUCUGCUGCAGAAAGAUUAGCUCAGUUCAAUGGUCCAAAUGUUGAUGUCAGUAGUGUCAAUGGUCCAAAUGUUGAUGUCAGUAGUGUCAAUGGUCCAAAUGUUGAUGUCAGUAGUGUCAAUGGUCCAAAUGUUGAUGUCAGUAGUGUCAAUGGUCCAAAUGUUGAUGUCAGUAGUGUCAAUGGUCCAAAUGUUGAUGUCAGUAGUGUCAAUGGUCCAAAUGUUGAUGUCAGUAGUGUCAAUGGUCCAAAUGUUGAUGUCAAUAGUAAAUCAGGUGUCAAUCAGAAAAGACUGAUGCCUUCCUCAUGGAAUCCCAACAGCACAAAAUACAAGACAAGCAAUUUUCCAGAUGGCCCCACAUCUCUGCUUGACACAGCUAGCAGUUUACCUGCACAAGUUUGCAAUUUAUCUGAAGAGACCAGCAAUUUCCCUAAACAAGACAGCAAUUUCCCUAAACAAGACAGCAAUUUGCCUAAACAAGACAGCAAUUUGCCUAAACAAGACAGCAAUUUGCCUAAAGAAGCCAGGAAUUUGCCUAAAAAAGCCAGGAAUUUGCCUAAAGAAGACAACAUUGUGCUUAAAAAAGCCAGCAAUUACUCUGAAGAAGCUUUUCCAAGUGCACUAACUGAGUGUCUCUCAUUAUUGACACCAACAAGCAUUGUGAGUCCUGAUGAAAAUUCCCCCAGGAAGUUGAGCAGAUUUGUGCAGCCAAGCAGCCACAGUUUACCUGGCACUUUACCCAGCUCACAGUUUGAGGAGCUGAGCACAUUUGGAAGGAAUCAAGUUUAUUGUAGCGCACAGUGUAGAAUGAGUUUUAAAAGAUUUGGAAAGAAUGAAAACGAUGGUACAACACAGUGUAAAAAGAAGGUCAUUGCGGUAGAUAGCUCUUUACCACCAUUUCUACCUGCACAUUGUAGGCAAACUGCAAGCAGAAGGAUUGUUCCAGUGGUAGUGACACACUCUACACCUUCUCCGCUCCAAGAUACCCCAUCUAGUCCAAUGAAUCUCAGGCAGACGACAGCCUCUCUGUGGAGAAAUGACUCCCCAUCUGUUUGCACCACUGGCCGUGGGGAGGCUUGGAGCUCUCAGUUUGAAAAUCUGGGCAUUGCUCUUCCUCCAAGUCCAUCCAAACGAAGACCUAAAAGAGUUCAGCCAAUCCAGUUGUCCUCCCUGGGAACCAAAGCAGGGCGAGGAAGUUGGAUGAAAUCUCCUUUAAGAGGUGAAAGAAAUGCUCCAAUUGCUGAGGAGGUUAGUUCUUCACAAUCUGAAGUGGAAGCAUUUAGAGAACUCUCUGCCCUAACAUCUUCUUAUACCAAACCACAGCCCAAACAGGACAUGACACCUGUACACCAGACACCUGUACACCAGCCACCUGUACACCAGACACCUGUACACCAGACACCUGUACACCAGCCACCUGUACACCAGACACCUGUACACCAGCCACCUGUACAUCAGACACCUGUACACCAGACACCUGUACACCAGACACCUGUACACCAGACACCUGUACAUCAGACACCUGUACACCAGCUACCUGUACACCAGACACCUGUACAUCAGACACCUGUACAUCAGACACCCCAGACACCUGUACACCAGCCACCUGUACACCAGACACCCCAG